GAGAACCUCGGCGGCGCGUGUUGGCAACACUGGCGCGGCAGAUAGCGACGCGGCGCCGGGUUCGGCUGCGGCCAGUGUUGUCGCGAGCCGGACACGGCGAGGUUGCUGCUUGUGACGGAUGGCGACCCUGAUGAGGACUGCGCUGCGGGGGUUGGCACCCCUGGCUGCCGCCUGCCCCACCUGUCAGCUGCGGGAGUUCCGCAGUACGGACGUGUCUGCGCACGCCCACCCCUCCAGGGGGCGGCUGGCCAGGUCGGCGCUGGGCAGGGCCGUGGCGCCCAACCAGCUGCGCAGCGGCGCCGCCCGCACGGACGUCUUCGAGUUCAGCAAGCUGCUGCCCAACGUGGUGCGCGACCUCACCGAGACGGGCCGCCACCUGGACGUGCCCGAGGCCACCAAGCGCCUGGCCAAGAUCCUGCAGUACAACGUCACCGGCGGCAAGAAGAACAGGGGGCUGGGCGUGGUGACGUCAUACCGCAUGCUGGCCCGCGAGGAGGAGCUGACCGCGGAGAACAUAGAGCUGGCCUACAUCCUCGGCUGGUGCCUGGAGAUGCUGCACGGGUCGCUGCUGAUGACGCAGGACGCGCUGGACCGCGCGGAGACUCGCCGCGGCAAGCCGUGCUGGUACCUCACCUCGCAGACCUCGCCGCUGGUCGCCGUGAACGACGCCAACCUGCUGGUGUCGGCCAUCUACCAGCUGCUCAAGUCGCACCUGGCGCGCCACCCCGGCUACGUGUACAUGGUGGAGUUGUUCCAGGACGUGUGCCACAAGGCGACGAUGGGCCAGGUGCUGGACAUCCAGACCCGCGCCGACAAGUCCCUCCAGCAGUUCACCAUGGAGCGCUACAAGGCCAUCACCAAGUACAAGACGGUGUACCACACCUUCCAGAUGCCGGUGUCUCUCGCGCUCUACAUGGCAGGCAUUUACGAUAUGGAACUUCAUAGGCAAGCGAAGACAAUUCUCAUGGAGAUGGGCCAGUUUUACCAAGCUAUGGCGGACUACAUGAACUGCUACGAGGCGGGCGACGAGGGGUUCGGCGCGCGCUCUGGCUCCGACAUCUCUGACGGCAAGUGCACGUGGUUGUCCGUGCUGGCGCUGCAGAGGGCCAGCCCCGCGCAGCUGGGCCUGCUGCAGGAGUGCUACGGCCAGAAGGAGCCCCAGAAGGUGGACCAGGUGCGGGAUCUCUACGACGAGCUGGGGCUGCCCGUCACGUACCGCCAGUACGAGGAGCACACCUACGACCUGCUCUGCACGCAGAUCCAGCAGGUGUCCAAGGGCCUGCCGCACAAGCUGUUCUUCAAGAUGCUGGACAACGUCUACGUGAAGAAUGUACCGCCGCAGGACUUGCAGUGAGGUCCCCGUGUAUGGAACAUGACAGUCCCGGACUAGUUAGUCCCAGUCCGCCGUGUGUGAUGCUGCCGCCACAGUGAACUGGAUUGAACUCUGUGCGUUCUCACCAGGCCGAAGUGUGGAGUUGUAUCAAUAGCAGUUCUGUCCACUGUCUGUUUCGAUUGGGUACAUUCCAACUGUUAUCAUUUAUGACUGAAAUUAAAAACAUGGAAUAACAAUUAUUAAUUAAAUGUUUGGAAAUUAAGUAUUUUUAAAUAUCUACUAUUAUACGUUUUAAAUAUGUUUUUUUUAAAUUAAAAAUUGAUUUUAAUUGUUACAUUACAUCUGUACUACAUUCACGUUUGCUGUAUUUCGUAUGAAUGAUCUUAAUGCUAGAUGGCAUGUUCUUACUUGCCUACAUAUCAUUUUUCAUGCAUGUGGCAUUUUUGUGUUCAUGUGGUUUUGGUUCAUAUAUAAUUAUCUUAUUUCCAUUCGAGGUUAGACUGAUAAUAAUUAUAGUGUUAAUAUGUGAGUGUAAGAUGAGUGUAAGCAUAAAAUUAUGAAUUACUCAAGGUUUUAUAUAACAUGAUUUUAAAUAAAAUUGGUAUGUAUAA